GCCCGGCAUGCUAACGUUUCUGCCAGCUCGCCGGUAAUAUAUAUAUAUCUGAAGUCAGAUACAUGGCGAGGUAAUUUCUAAGAACCCACCACUACAUACGCUCAUAUAUCAUAACUAGUAACAUUACUAGAUACAGGGCAAUCUAAGCACUAUACUGCAACCUGGCUGGUUAAUGAUAAUAUAUGUGGCGCUCUAUCUCAUAUAAUAAUAGUCCUGUAUCUAACUCUACACGCCAGAUACGUGUGUGUGAGGUGGGGACUUUGUAUCAGCGUUUGUCCCACUCACAGCUUGACAACCGAUGUUGCUUUGCUUACGCCUUGUAACUUAGAGGUUCAGGAGAAAGGACCCGAUAGAAUAAGUACCAAGACUCUAAAAAGAACACUAAAAAACAAAAAAGUAGUGGGAUUGAUUUGUUCGACUAAACUCUUCAAGGCAGUGCCCCAGCAUGGCCGCAAUAUAAAUUUAGCAUUUAAUCGUAAUGUAAAUGUAGAUUUCAGCCCGAACUCUAUCUUAUCGCUUGAGUUGUUAUUUCUACGUUAUCUCUCGUAUUUUCUUUCUAACUCCACUUUUCUACUUUCACUUUCUCAGUAAUUAAUUUGUUACGGAGCUCUGUUCGUUAACCAAAUCGUUAACCAAAUCUGUGCGUUAAACAAAUCUGUCGUUAACCAAAUCUGUUCGUUAAUCAAAUCGUUGGGAAACUGAAAUGCAUAUAAGCAGUAAUCCGUUCCAAGUCACACUCACACUCACACUCCACAUGGUGACUUGAAACGAUGCUUCAUUUGAGCAUCCAUCGAUAACAGAUAUGUAAAUGACCGAUAAGAAGCAUUUUAAAGUAACGAUCCCGCUGUUAAUCGUUUAAUAUGGAAAAUUGCGUCUUCGAUCUGUUCAACAUGGAUUCUGGCGAAAAUAUGUAAAUGACCGAUAAGAAACAUUUUAACGUUACAAUCUCGCUGUUAAUCGUUUAAUAUGGAAAAUUGCGUCUUCGAUCUGUUCAACAAGGUUUCUAACGAAAGUAAUUAAACAUUAUGAAUCAUAUUACUCGUGGAACGACCUGAAAGUUAGCACACAAAUGUUUAUAGUUUCUAAACAUGACUCGAAAAUAAAGGUUCAAUAUUGAUCGGCUGUUUUCCUUUUAUGGAGAAAUCUAUUUUGUAAAAGGCUUGAACGAAAAAGUUCAGACCAAAAAUUGAUAUGGCUCUAAAUAAAUGUCGUCGUUUUUUACCAUGCAUACUGUUGAUAUUUAUAGCCGUUAUUAUAAUACUAUUCCCUUAUCGGCAACCAACAUUUAUUCCUAAAGAAUGGUUGUAUAGUAUGUCAGUUAAAAUCAAGAAUAAAGUAAUACUUUGGAAGCAACCAGAUCUCAGUAAGAUUCGUGCUGGCAUACAUUACCCGAAAAGGUUUUCCACCAAUAAAGAUGAAAAGCUAUUUCAAAUUUAUCGGACAGACUUAAAUUCAGUGGAAAUGGAAAUGUUUUUACGAACAGUUUCACUAUUUUCAAGAGCGCUUUCAAGUGCCAAUAUCACACAUAUGGUAUACGGUGGUACAGCUAUUGGGUCUAGACGGCAUCAUGGUUUUAUACCAUGGGAUGAUGAUAUUGACGUCUGGAUAAACAAAACAGAAAAGAAAAAAUCUAAAGGGAUAUUAAGUUCAAUACCUAAAUUCGGUCUUUAUUCUCCGAAUAAUUUUCAGUGGAAAUUUUUUUAUAAAAAUUUAAAGACUUUAAAACAGAAACCAUUCAGAUGGCCUUAUAUAGAUAUAUUUUACUUUGAAGAAAACGCAACUCAUAUCUGGGACGAACUGCCUCCACAUCGUACGCGGUAUCAUAAAAAGUCUAUAAUAUUCCCACUUUAUGACAGGAAGUUUCAGUCAAUCAAAUUACCUACCCCCUGUGCGAUAGAUAAAUUUGUUGGUGAAUCCGCAAUAAAGAAUUGCCAGUCUUCGUCAUAUAGUCAUAGAAUGGAAGGGUCUGUACCUGCUAAAUUUCAUAUGAAGGUACUCUGCAGUAAACUGUAUCAUCUACAUCCCUUUGUGUUUCGAACAAAGCACAACGAAACACAUUAUAAAGAGGAAUUAAAGCAGAAUGAGACACUCAUACACAAGAUAUUUGUACCAACUAACUUAUGCGCUACAUGAAUAAAAUCAACGAAAAUGA